AUGCUAACAGCGUUUCUUCUCAUCACAUUCGUGUUUGCCACCAACUCGACAGGAACCGAACCUCCAGAUAUGUAUUUCCAUUUCCUACAGAUUGACGGCUCUGAGGCAACUGUCCAUCCUCUCAACGGCAGCCGGCGACCAUCCCCUUCUGAUCAUUUGCCUAUUGAAGACCUUCUAGAGAACCAAAGCGAAAUCUAUGACCCUAGGCCAAGUGACAUCAAUGUGAAGCUUCUGCGUCAGCAGCUGGGAGCGGCAUUUGACAAAGAGUACAUGUCUAUUAGGGAUCCAAGAAAUAGACCUAGCAAGAAACCACUAAUACAGUUCAUUAAUGAUCGCCCUAAAGGUCCACGACCAUCAUUUCUGAGUCUUCUUCGAUCAGCGCGACUUCAAGAUGGUAGAAAAAUCAAACUGAACGUUAACAAGAAAGAACGCAGAAAAUUCCAGAAAUACAUUUGGAGUUUGACGUUUUGUCCCGUGCAGCAUUCGUGGAAGUUUUUGGGCAUUCGUUUCUGGCCACAGUGGAUCAAGGAAGGUACAUGCUCCAACAAACACUCCUGCUCCAUACCCGAAGGCAUGAUGUGCAAGCCAAGAACAUCUGCCAGUAAAACGUUUCUACGCUGGCACUGCGGGGACUUCCAAGAGAAGAGCGCCUGCAAGUGGAUCCCCAUUCAAUAUCCGAUCAUUACAGAAUGUACAUGCUCCUGCUAG